UUGUGUGUUUCAAAAUGAAAAUUUUCAGAGAGAAGCAACGAGUUGGGUCUUCACUGGUUCCUUUAAUGUCAUUCCACUUAGUUAUCAGUUAAAGGAGUUAUGUUAAAUUGAGAGCUAAUAUUGUUUUUGAGAUAUAUAAUUGCAUACAAAACAAUAUCCAGAAGGUUUAUUCCAUUUUCCUUCUUUUUCUCUUUUUCUCUUUUUCAUUUUCUUCUUGGAACUAUGCCUAAUCCUUUCCAUGCACGUAACCCGAUGUCAGUUAAUUCUUUUCUGUUAAUUUUUCAAACGAAUCAAUGAAUAUCAGCAUACACAUUCCUAUCUUACUGCUGUUUCUAAGGAACUGUGUUGUAGCUAAUGUAUACACACAUGGUGAUAUGGCUACAGGGAACGAAGCAUGGACAGAAAAGAGUUGUUUUUUGUUACUGUUCUCAUAAUCUCUAAGCAGUUCAACAUCAUGGAAUAUGUAAAAGAGUCAAAACCCUGCAGACAGUACAAAAUGAUGCCAAGCAAUGGACAGUUAACAGUUCCUCCUGGCUUCAGGUUCCACCCUACCGAUGAAGAGCUUCUCUACUAUUACCUGAGGAAGAAAGUUUCUUAUGAAGCCAUUGACCUUGAUGUCAUAAGAGAAGUGGAUCUCAACAAACUUGAGCCUUGGGACCUCAAAGACAAAUGUAGGAUUGGGUCAGGGCCUCAGAAUGAGUGGUACUUCUUCAGCCACAAGGAUAAGAAAUACCCAACAGGAACAAGAACAAAUCGAGCAACUACAGCAGGUUUUUGGAAAGCAACUGGAAGAGACAAAUCCAUAUACCACACUAAUUCCAAGAGGAUUGGCAUGAGGAAAACCCUAGUUUUCUACACUGGUCGUGCUCCUCACGGCCAGAAGACUGAUUGGAUCAUGCAUGAGUAUCGCCUUGAUGAAGAUGAUGCGGAUGUUCAGCAGGAAGAUGGAUGGGUGGUAUGCAGGGUUUUCAAAAAGAAAAACCAAAAUCGAGGUUUCCAGCAAGAAAUUGAAGAAGAAGAGAACUUAACCCACAUGAGAACAAGUGGUCCUUGCCAUGUUCUGGAGCCAAAACAUCAUAUGCAAGGAGGAUUAUAUGACUACAACUUUGAUGGCACAAUGCAGCUUCCACAGUUGUUCAGUCCAGAAUCAGCUGUUGCACCAAGCAGUAGUUGCUUGGGCACAUCCAUGAAUGCCAUGGACAUCCUUGAGUGCUCUCAAAACUUGUUGAGGCUCACCACUAGUGGCUGUGGACUGAAUCUUAUGCAACAACAGGGAGAGAGGUUCAGUGGUGAUUGGUCAUUCUUGGACAAGCUACUAGCAUCUCACCAUGCCAUGGAUCAUCAGCAUCAUCCACAAAGCAAAUGUAACCCUCCCACUCACCAAGCUGCAACUUCUGUUGCCACUUCAGCUCAGAAAUUCCCAUUCCAUUAUCUUGGCUGUGACACCCAUGAUAUCAUGAAAUUUUCCAAGUAGGGUAUUUCAUUUCAUUCAUAUUGUCAUACUUAAUGUGAUGAGGUAAGAAAUAUUUGGUUCCUAAGUAUGUGUAAUAUGUAUCAUCUUGUUAGAUACUCAUUGAGAUUCCACUCAUUAAUUUAGUUAUUUCUUGAGUA